AACAUUUAAAAACAUUUUUAACCUAACAUAUGUGUUAUCAAAGAAGAAAUUUCCUUUCUGAUAUUAUCUCUACCUCGUUCACGAUCAUAUAAAUAGGUCUCGAUACGCGCUAGGAAGAACCGUUCGAAAAUUGAGUCAGGUCUAGUCAUAAAAGAUCAACAUGGAAGGUCUCUAAAGCCGUCGUUCUUGCAAAACAGACAGAGAUGAGUAGAAUAUCUCUGUUUUUGUUUGAAAUAUUUAUAACAUAUCACGCAUGCGUAGAACGACGACUUCCUUGUCAUCCAUGUUGAUUUUUCGCAACUAGUCACGACUCAAUUUUCAAUCGGUUUUCCCUAGCGAAUAUCGAGAUUUGUUUAUAUGGUCUACAUACAUAAUAUUUAAUAUAAUAAAUAACAUGCGAUUACAUACAUACAAACAUAUAUAUAGAUAUGCAUGUAAUUUGAUGUUUUCUCUAUAGAGGUCGCGACGGACGUACUUUUUGUAGCUAUAACAUCUUUUCAACAGAUAAGCAUAGAUAAAAAUUCAAAAAAUUUGAUGGAUCAUCUAGUAGAUUGAAAGGCUUAAAUUAUAUUAAUAAAAUAACAAAAUAUGACUGAAUCUUCGAAGAAAAUGGAAGAUAUUUACGAAGAAUUUACUAACCAAGUAGAUCGAAUUAAUUAUCUAAUUAAACAGUUCACUGAGUUAGAAGAAACGAAUGGCAAACAGAAAAAGGAUCGAUAUUACUGGAACUCACAUUUAUCUACUUUAUCGAUGAACAUUUGGGCAGGUCAGGUAAAAUAUUUGGAACUGCAAAAAAAGGAAGCUAGUCUUAAAAAAGCAAUAUCGAAGGCUACAAAUGUGAUUGAUCUUAAACAACAAGAAUUGAAAGAUUUAAUAACAAAAAGAACAACAUAUUUCACGAAACAAUGCGAUAAAUUUCGAAUUAAAGGCAUAAGGUAUACAAACAAUUUUCUGCAUGCACAGACAGAAUAUACAAAUAAAAAUUUACGUGAUAAAAUUGAAGAAUUUCAAAAGCAGUAUCAACAAAUGUAUAACGAAUUGCCAACGUUUGCAGAAAAAUUAUCAAACCUAGAAAAAAUAUCAAACUCUGAAGAAACUGAAACAGCAUCGAAAGUUAAUUUCGUUUUGACGAAUAUAACGACAAUUAAUACUUAUAAAUUAUUACAAAUUACAUGUGCUCAAAAUAUGCUAAGAAAGCUGGAGAAUGAAAUUAAACAGAAGAGAAUGAUACUUAAUAAUGUUCAAAAUAAGUGAUUACUAAUAUAAGUUAAUAUAUAUUACUAUUAUACUGCAAUAAUAA